CUGCUCAUGCAGAUCAACCUGAGCAGGAGGAGACACUAACGGCUUUAAUACAACAAACAUUUGGACCAGAAAUCGAUCCAAGGCGGGGGUUUGGACUUUAAAAUGUCAGCUCUGAAAGGAAAGACGAAAGAAUAUUUGACUGUGAAGGAUCUACAGAAGGUUUUGGACUCGUGCAAACUGCAUUUAAGCCAAAUUGAUGAGGUUUGGCCGAAUUUAUACAUAGGAAACGUGGCAGUGGCUCAAAACAAGGCCGUCCUGCUGAGGUUGGGAAUAACUCAUAUCUUAAAUGCCGCUCACGCCAAACAAGGCAGCAUCGGAAACCAAAACUUUUACGGCAACGACGUUGUGUAUUGCGGCAUUCCAGCAGAUGACUCCGCACACUUUGAUCUUGAUGUUUACUUCCGACCGGCUGCUGAUUUCAUCCACAAAGCUCUGAAGUCACCAGAUGGGAAAGUCCUGGUGCACUGCAUCAUGGGAAUGAGCCGGUCGUCAACCUUGGUGUUGGCGUACCUCAUGAUCUACCAUCAUAUGCCACUGAAAAAGGCCCUGCAGAAGGUAGUCCAGAAGAGAGCCAUCUACCCCAACAGGAAUUUUCUAGCUUUGCUGCUGGAUCUGGAGCUGCAGCUGACAAAAAACAAAAAGAAAAAAACAUGUCAGAUCUUGUGAAUUUUGAGCUGUUUACAGUGUUUAACUCUGCAUUAGUGUGAGUAAAGGUAUUGGCUGUGAGCAGACAAAGGAAAAUGGCAAUGAAUAUUUAGUUUUGCACAAACAAACACAUUAAGGUUUCAAUCCCUUUUAUUUUAAAAUUAUAUAUCCAUUACAUAGACUAUAAUAAGACUCAGCCUCUAUAGAUUGCAACUUUAAUAUUCACCAACAUUCUACAAAGGUGUGCAUUUUAACCAUAGGUGGCCUACAAGAAGAUGAAAUAAUUGCUUCACACACUAAAACAUUUAGUAAAAAAAAUGCUAAUUUUGCAAAAUAUGACAUUUGAUGCUAAACUGAAUAUGCUGUAACAUACCUACUAAAUAUAAAAAACUGACAAAGUAAUGAUAAAAGAAUAUAAUUGUUUUAGGUUGUGUUAAUUAGCAUUAACAUAACCUACAUUUUUAUGUUAGCAUGUUAGCAAGAUAGCAAGUUGAAAAGUAGUAUUACUCAUAAGCACUAAAUCAUGUUAAACUACUAGCUAUCUGCAUACAUAAAAUGCUGUGAUGAGAUUAUUAUAAAAACAAAUUGUUUAUGUAUCAUAUUGUAAAUUAAGAACAAUUUAUCUUUUAAGAAUAUUUAAUAAGGUUCACUUCAUCAAUUUACCUGCUAACACUGUAACUAGAUUAGCAGAUAGAUCGAUUGAUCGAUUGAUCAAUAGAUAGAUAUUUUCGAGUGCUAAACUAUGUAGUUCAUGUGUUGAGGCAGCAUGACCACAGACCUAGGCUUGUUUUUAUGUGCUUUUGAAAGCCAUAUAAAACAAAAAGGAAGUCUUAUUAAAAAUGCAUCAAAACACCUACAAAAUGGGAGCCAUACACUUCCCAGUUCUUUGUUCCCUAGCUCAGUAUAGCACACACUGGGAACCUGAGAAAGACGUUCCCUAGCUUUGUAUUUGCAUACAAUCACAGAUACUGCAUGGUUUUGUCGAAUGUUUUUGUUUUUUUUAUGGAUGGAUGGAUGGAUGGAUGGAUGGUCACAGCUUCAUGCCUGCUUCAGGUUAGGAACUGAGGACUCUGGGAACAUAACUACGCUCCUACAAAAUGUGAAGUCAACUCACACGUGAAUUUUUCUUGAUCAAGUUUCAUCUUGAACUAUAUUAUUACCUGUCUUUUAUUUUUACCACUUCACUUUGUAAAUCAUACAAUGGACCAAAUGUCAUUAAUG